AUGACAAACCUCCAAGUAAUCCUCUCGCCCGUCCCUCCCUCCGCCACUCCACCCAUCAGCCUCCCCAUCAACAUCGCCAUCCACAACCCAGCAACCACACCAGUAACCUUCCUCAACUGGGGCACCCCGUUCGACCCAAAAGCCAACCUCCUGGGCGUCUUCCAAAUUAACGACACCACCGCCGAUCAUCCAAUCACCCUCGGCACCAUCAAGUUCAACCGUCAACUGCCUCCUUCGCGGGACGAUCUAGUCGAGAUCCCCGCCGAGAGCUCCAUGGAGCGGACCAUUACUAUCCCGCAUGUGCCUCUGGAAGAAGGCCACGAGUACGCCGUGCAGGCAAAGGGCAUCUGGCAUGGGAUCUGGGAGUGUCCCAGCGACCAGGUGACGGAUUCGCAGCUGCAGCAGCUCGACCAGAGGGGGGAGUUUGAGUCUGAGCGUGCGCUGUUCAAGGUUACGCAGUAG